AUAAAAAAAAGAGUUUUCCAAUAAUGAGGGACAAACGGGGCUAAAUGAGUAUUAAAGUAAUAUUUCUGUGAUCAAUGGUCCAAGAGGAAUUCAACCGGAGAGUAAAUUCCGGUUUCCCUCUAUAAAUAGUGCCAAGAACUCUACCUUUCCUAGCCCUUUUCUCCGCCAUCUCUGCCCUGCAAUUUGCAGGGAGAGCCCUAAGCAAGAACACGCGCAGAAUCUCUCCGAGAGAUCAUAAAGAGCCCCACAUCUAUCUUCAUCGCUAUGUCGAAAGAUGAAUCAAUCAAUGGAAUCAUCAACAGUGUAGAAUUUCCAGCCGUUGCAGACGGCGGCAUCACCACUGAUGUCAAUAAGAAGAAUCCACCGCAGCCGGCGGUGAAUGAAGGGAGAAAGAAGAAGCGUGGCGCUUUCAGCCUCCUCAAAUCAGCAGUAUUCAUGCUUCGCAAAAGCCAGAACAAGAAAUUUGCUAAAUCGGAUAAAUCAAAAGUGGAUUCUUCAAAGGGAAAUUGGCAGAAGAUCGUAGGAUCAAUCCGACCUUUGCAUCUUCAAGAGGACAAUUCACCACCACCUUCAAAUCCAUCCCUUUCCAUCUCGACAAGCGUGGAAAGGUUUGACGGCCUAAUCCGGCCUGCCUCCCCGUACUCCUCCGUGGCCUCCUCGUCCGCCUCCCCCAUCUCCGGUGGUACUAUGAGCCAAUACGCUUCAGCAAACAACCUUCAAGAGCUCGAUGAAGAAGCCGGCUAUGAUUCUGACAAAGUUUUUGACUCGCUGGCUGGAGACGAGAUGAUAGAUGCCAAGGCGGAGGAAUUCAUUAAACAAUUCUACCAGCAAAUGCGGCAUCAAAACUUGAAAAACUGAAUCACAUGCCGCCGCCAUCAAAAUUGAAAACAAGUGAAGAAGUUCAGUUAACCUAAUAUGAAGCGCCACGCCAUGCAUGUAUACACAACUCCAUCCCUGCAUGCACGCACGUAGUAUAUUUAAUGGCUCUUUACUAUUUGUUCCCUACUUCACAUUUCAUUUUUUAUGGUUCUAUUGCUUUAUGAUAAUGAUCAUCAGAUCAUCUGUGCAUUUAGAUUAGUUUUAAGGAGGGGAUUCUAUAAAAUCAAAAGCAGAAAAUUGGGUUUGAUUAGACACUUUUAUUUUGGAAUAAAUAUGUUUAUCUGCAUGCAUUACAUCAAUUACACGUUUUUGUAUUUUUUGAUCUAGAAGUUUUGAUUAAUAAAGAUAACUUUUGAUCAAACCAAAUCUAUUGUUUUUAAUUUUCAUUAUGUGUCCCGACAUAAAUGCUAACAUAUUUUUACAAAUUUUGUGCUACAUAGAUGGUGGUUUGAUUUCUUUGCCCUGAUAAUUUUGCUCAAACAGAGGAAAAAAAUGGACAAAGAUAAUUGAAGAAAUCAAGGACAAAAUUAAAUUUUUGAAGCUUCAGCUUUGAGACUACAAGGUUUCCAAUCCCAAAAGCAACGUCCCUUAAUGCCAGAGCCGGCCCUGACCAUUUGGAGGCCCUAAG